AUGACUGAAACGAGGAAACCCAAAUGGCUGGGUCUGGGCGAAGAAAACGUGAAAAUUAUGAACUUUUUGGUGAAAAAGACUAAAAAUAUCGAAUCGCCCCUCCAUCUGAACCAGUUAUCGUGCGAUUUGAGAGACCACGUUGGAUCUCCGAGCCCGGCGGACACCUUCAAAAAACGAAUUCGAAAGCAAAAGUCGAAAAUUGAGGAAGAAAUGGCAUAUAGCGACGAGACGAAAGUAAAGCUGAUUUUUGGAUUAGGAGCUUCGAUUUCAGAUAAAUAUUUGGAAGAAAUCAGAAAAGACGCGAUUGUCCGUGUCGACGAAAGAAGACGAAUCAUUAGAUAUCAAAGAAAGGAUGGGGAAUUCGAGUUGCGUGGAGUUCAUCGAUACCACGAUCUUCUAACUCGAGCCGAACGGACCGAGAAGAUGUUAGAGUUCCUUGCUGAGAAGGCAGAGACAGCCGCGUCCCCCAUCUGUCACACGAUUCUUGCAAGAGAAUUCAAGGAAAGAAAUGAUUCUCCUGAAAACGAAAUCGUCUGGGAAAACAGAUUCAAUCAAGUGAUUCCGAAGAUUUAUAGAGCCGGAUAUGUGAGACAAACAAGAAUCCGAAUGAUGUUUAUGACGAGUUGUAAGCUCACCGAGGAACAGCUGAAUAGAUAUCAAGAACGUGCCGAUAUUGAAGUUGAUUCGGAGAAAAGAAUCAUCAAAUACAAAGCCAAUGAUGGCAGUUGUGAGCUUAAAGGAGAUCAUAGCAUGGGAGUGAAGAUGCGACAAGGAAAGGAGGAAAUCAGAAGACGAUCAAAACUGAUGAAUAAACUCGAGCGAGACUCGAGCGACGAAGAAGAAGAAGAAGAAUCAGACGGAGACCAUAUGGAUGACGAUGAAGCGAUUCGAAUUGUCAAUCAGAUGACGGCAAGUGUGAAGAAAGAGAUUGAAACACCGAAAUCUCGUCGUUUGCCGGACCACAAACAUCAAAAAGUCGAUGAGACACAAGAGAAAGUUUCGGGUGACUCGGAGAGCGAAGAGGAAGAAGUGUCAGAAGAGAAAGAAGAUGGUAGUGAUUCAGAAGCCUCUUCCGAUUCAGAUGAGGAAAAUGAAGCAGAGAAAGACGAGAAUAGUGAUUCAGAUGGAGACGAUGAAGAAGAAACGGAGAAAUCUGUCAAUCAGGAGAAACCACUGAAGACAGAGAGAAAAGAGAGAACUCCGCUUCCAAAGACUCCUGAAGUCUCUAAACCAACUGAAUCAAACAGAGCAGCUGAAGUCGUUGGGGGGAGUCGUGAAGAAAUUCUAAAGAGUUUUUCUCGCGGCGACACUACCAAGUCCAAUGAGAAGAGUGCUGAAGCCAUUAUUGCAAACAUUGUCAACCAGAGAAUCGAAAAUCGUGUCAAAGAGAUAACUGAACAAUCAAAGGCACGUGGCACAGUCGUCGGAGAUAAUUCACAGAAAAAGAUGGAUUCAAAUGGAAUGACAGUGAAAACGGUGGGAGAAGUUGAAAAAGAGAAUGUCGCCGCGAAAGAAGUUCCAUCUGAAAACUCGAUCAAGAAUCAGAAGACUGCUUCAAUGCUCAAGGGAAACAGUCAAAAUCCAGUAGUUGCUCCGAAUUCGGGAAAUAAUGAAAGCAACUCGCAAGGGAGUGCUUGUCAUGCGGAUAACGGAGAAGAACAACAGAAUCCAACGACUUCAAAAAAUCAAUCGGAGACUUCGAAAGCUUCGGUGUCAGUGACCACAGAAACUGAUGCAAUCUCUGAGAUUUCUGCUGAAAAGUCCACUGAAUCGGCACCUAGAGAAUCAAGAGAUCUUAUGACUCCAAAUAUUCCACGUGGAGAUUUGAAGAGAAAGAUUGGAGAAGAAGAUGAAGUGGAUCCAUCGAAACGAGCAAAAUGUGGAGUGGAUUCUGGGGAAACUCCGAAGGAGAAUCAGAAUACAAUGAUUCCAACUAGUGAUGAUUCGUCAGGAAAUCAAAUUUCCUGCGAUUCGAUGAAGACGUCAAUCAGCUUGAGAAGUGUUUUCAUCUGGAUGAAGGAAUUCGUUCAGUGUUUGUAUUCGAAAGAAUUUGAAGGGUUUUUGAAGACAUUGGAAAAGGAAAUGAAUGGAUUCACGGAUCAGAAUAUCUUGAUUUCGGACAUUACCCCUUUCAUCGACACGUUUCUCGUUUUCGCCAAAAAGAGCACAACGUCUACUACACAAUCUUUAAAUGUCAAGGAUUUUCUAACUAAACUGAAGAUCACUCUCUACAUGAUGAGCAGCGUCAUUUUUGCUGAUUUUCAAGAGAAAAUCGAUAAAAUGAUUGCUGAAAUCGAUAGGGAGAAUAUGAUGAUUCCCACUCAAUUCCUUCUGAAUCAUUUCAACACAAUCUACUUGUAUCUCAAACACUCAAGUUGA